AUGGAGGAUGAUGAUAAUGUUGCGCAGCAGGAAUCUGAUCCAUGGGUCUCUGUAAGUAUUUCGAGGGGGAUGCCUCAUUCUGAUGAUGAGCAAGGUCCGGUUUCUUGGGCUAAUCAGGUUGAAACUGGGCACUUUCAAGAAUCGGGAAAAGCAAUCUGGGCUAAAUUUAAAGAAUCUCUACCUUCAUAUGGGGGUAUGCAGUUGCAAUAUUCGGAACCAAUGCAUAGGGAUGGUCAGAUAAUUACUAAAUUGGACUUGGAAGAGAUUAAAGUUGAAGCAUCCUUUUGGAAAUCAGCUUUGAUUUUUGUUGUGAUAGGAGCUAAUCCUCCAUUAGCCAUCUUUGAAAGAUUCAUAAAAAGGAUUUGGGGCAAACUUGGUAUUGAGAGAGUGGCUCGCCUGAAUUCAAGUUUCACCAUGGUGAAAUUUUGUGAUGAAGCUACCCGUGACUUGGUUCUCGAAGCUGGUGUGGCUCACUUCGACAAGAAACCUGUCAUCCUUCGACCUUGGACAACUGAUCUAGACUCCUUGAGGUUAGUAAAAACAAUACCGGUGUGGAUUAGAUUACCUGAACUUGGGUUACAAUAUUGGGGUGUCAAGUGUUUGAGUGCUCUUGUUAGCACAAAUGGGAAACCAAUUAUGGUGGAUAAGAUUACCAAGGAUAGGACCAUGUUAAGAUUUUCCCGAGUCUUGGUGGACAUGGAAAUAGCUGAUCAGCUUCCUCAAUUUAUCAACUAUCUCAAUAAGCGGGGACAGGUUAUGGAACAGCCGAUUGAGUAUGAGUGGCUUCCAACUAAGUGCUCUAAUUUUAAGAAGCUGGGGCACUCUUCAAGCUCUUGCAAGUUUGAAGCCAGAACUGUCUGGAGGAAGAAAGAAUCUCAGAACAUACUAGAACCUGUUCAGCAGAAGGUUGAGGAUGCUGUCAAUUUGAAGCAGAGCAGUGCUGUAAUGAUUCAGAAGCCUCCUCAAGCAGAAGCUCCAGUUGGUGCUGGGUCGAGUGAUACUAGUUGA